AUGAAUUUGCUUUGUUCUUCCACAGAACCGAGCUUGCAGAGUCCCGGACCUGCUGCCGAACCACAGUCAGAACCGAGCUUGCAGAGUCCCGGACCUGCUGCCGAACCACAGUCAGAACCGAGCUUGCAGAGUCCCGGACCUGCUGCCGAACCACAGUCAGAACCGAGCUUGCAGAGUCCCGGACCUGCUGCCGAACCACAGUCAGAACCGAGCUUGCAGAGUCCCGGACCUGCUGCCGAACCACAGUCAGAACCGAGCUUGCAGAGUCCCGGACCUGCUGCCGAACCACAGUCAGAACCGAGCUUGCAGAGUCCCGGACCUGCUGCCGAACCACAGUCAGGUAUGGAGAAGGAGCUAUGCUAGGUCCUGGGAGUCGAUGGGAACAUGAGCUUGGUACAAGCCCAUAUGGCUUCUGUCCUCGGUGCUCUGAGUUUCAGCAGGGUGGCAAGGGUGUGGUGACUUAGCAUCUGUCUCAUGGUCUGUCCCAUCUGGAGACACAGCUACGUCAUGU